AUGGAAACGGAUUUCGAAGAAAGCUGCAUUCUUGUCGAGUGUUCCCAGUGUGGGAUUCGCGUCGACUCGCCGGAGGAGCUCUGUGAUCACACCUCAAAAGAGCACAAUCGACUUUCCACCUACUCACGUCAAUUCUUUCAUACGAAGGCUGCAUUUCAGCAUUGGCUUUCUCGAAUUGAAGGUGGACGGGCAGAAUACGCGGGAAUUGUUGCCAGCGCUUCAUCAGAUGGUUUGAACUUCAACGACAGGGAGUAUUAUUUGCUGUGUGGCAAAAAAGCCUCAAUAUGUAAUAAACGGCGGCGAACGAAUGAUAUUGAAAACACUUCCGAUUCUGAGCCCGAAUUUUUGAUUGAGGAGAAUUGCCCGCUCGUCUCUUGCACCGCUUUCGUCCAUGUUUGCGAAAGGAUCAAUGGCAGCGUUGACGCCACGUAUUGCUUAUCGCACAACGUUCAUUCGCCGCUUUCACGAAGAAAAACGAACUAUAGAUCAUUAAAAAGAACAUCGAGUAUGUUGGAUGAAAACGAUGACGAAGAUUUGGAGGUGAGUUGCUCGUCAUCGUCCGCGUGUAGCUCGGCUCAAUCAUCACCAUUGCACCCAUGGACCGAAACAAACACAACAAAUGGUGACACGCAAAGUUCUCUUUAUGAUCUCUCCGCCUAUGAUCUCACUUCUGUAAACUCUCAUAUCACAGCUCGCUUGGACUCGACCGCGGAUCGACUCCGAACUUUAACCAAAGUGUUGGCAAAGUUGGCGGUCGAUGUGCAAAAAUGCGAGCGGAUACGAAACUUUCAUGUG